UCAACUCGAUUGUCCCUACAUCUGACAAAGACAACUACGUCUCUGCUGACAAGGAAGCAAUGAAUAUCGUAGGAGUCAUUGAGAACGUGGUUGUGAAAGUUGGACGAGUACACGUCCUCGUUAACGCCUUGGUCAUAGAUGUGCACUCAUACUCGGUGUUGUUGGGACUGCCUUGGGCAAUGGCGCCACGUGGCUACAUCUCGGAGAUCCGGCAAGUUCGUCAUUUGCGGCUCAGUCCUGAUCUUCGACGACUGCCGCAGUUCUUAUGCACCGAAGUGGAGGUGACGUGGACGAGGACCGACGAGCAUCAGGCGUGUAUUGAGUACCUGGAGCUGCUGAUUAUCCAGGCUUGGAGACCUUACGUAGAGGGCGAUCUUCUCGGUUUUCUUUUUGGAUCGGUGCGGCCAGGCCAUCGCCAACUAAUUGUCGAGGAAAUCAUCGUCCCGCUCGCGCAACUGGUCGACGACCUCUUUCUUGAUAUUGUUUCGCAAAGUGACGAGAGUCCGGCUCCGCACGUUCUUACGCGAACAUUGGCACCGUAUUUUCAGUGGAGUGCGUGCUUGGAGGAACCGGGGAGUGAAAGCGCCCUGCCAUCGCGGCAGGAGUACUUAAAACCCUCCGGAAUCAUCAAUCUCGCCUUCUAUCCGAAGCAAGAUACGUUCGAGGAGGCAGGAGAAGAAGAAGCCACCGAAGAAGAGGACGACGCCGAAGAAGAAACAUCGGAAGAAGAGAGUUAUAGUGAGCACAGCGAAGGGGAGCAGAGUGUAGAGGAGGAAGACAAAGAAGAUGAAGAAGACGAAGAAGAAGAAGAGGAAGAGGAAGAAGCCGGAUCGGAGUGGGAAGCCUUGCUGGAAGAAGCGGCGCGCACAGGCACAGAGGCGGCAUAUCCCGAGGCGGCACGUAAGAGGGAAGAGAUCGCCGCUGGGAAAAACCAGCUAGAGUUCGCCAGCGAGGCGAACCUGCGCAUCAACGACGACCCGACCCGGGAUCCAGAGCCCCCCGAGCCAGAAGAUGGCGACCCAGCAACAGCGACUCCGAGCGCAUCGCGACGGAGACGGAGCCGAUCCCCUUCCCCUUCCACCUCAGCCCGUCCCCAUGUUCGUCCACGUACCGAUGCGGGGGAUCGGCCUUCGUCCCCGGUCAUUAUCCCGCUGUCCCCUUGAUUACCUCACCCUCUAUCAGAUCUCUACCCCCGUCACCUUCCCUCACAACCCCUUCCCCCCCGAUACCUUCCGUCACUUUUACUC